CCCUGAGGCCCAGAUUUUGCUGCUAUCUCACUCUCACACAGUCACAAGACCAAACAUAAUCGUGUAUUGCACUUCUCAUUACACCUCUUCUUUCUCGUGCAUUUCUCGAAUUGUGUAAUUGAUGAGCUACAGUUAUCAAAGUAAUUCUACGCUAAUACAGAGAAGGAGGUGAGAAAGAUCAAGAGGGUAUUUCAGGUGAAUUUGUGGUCAAGAACAGAGACAGUGGAUAGCUAUGGCAGUAUCUUUACAGCUUCAGACACCUUCAUAUUGUGGAAACACAGUUGUUAGGGACAAAACCCUCGUAAGGAUUAAACCUUUUAUUGGGUCUCAUCCACCCAGAAGAUCAAACUUGUUUUCACAGUUUACACAAUCUUGUUCGUGGUACAAAUAUUCUGUGAUUGCUGGGUUUUCGCACCAAAUCAUGGCAAGUUCAGACUUGUCAAGAAAAAGGAGAUAUAAAGUGUCAAGCCCAAGGGCAAAUGACUCUGCACCCAAAGGAUUUAAGCCCAAACCUACAAAUCCAAGGAAAGAUCAAAGAAUAAUUCAAGGGAAUGAAGGCCUCAAUCCUUCUAUCUCUACAGAAUUUGUGAAACCCACAAAAAGAGAAAGUAAAAUUCAUACAAUUCAGCAAUUGGCUGUUCCCGAGUUCAAUCAAAGGGCAGAAAGUGUUAAAAACGAUACAAUAAAUAAAAAAGAGAAAGUAGAGGCCAUCAAGAAUAGUGACGAUAAGAUUGAAGAUGAUGAGGAAGCUUCUAGAAAGUUAAAAUUAGAAAUUGAAGAAAAAUUACGCAAAAAGAUGGAAGAAGAGCUGCGAAAAAAGGAGAUGGAAGCAAAUUUACGAAUUCAAGAAAUCAAAAAUCUUGCAAACGAGACUUUUCUGAAAGGCGAAAAAGUGUUUUGUUAUCCUAAGCUCGUGACACCCGAUCAAGAAAUUGAAAUAUAUUUAAAUAGAAUUGAUUCGAGUUUAUUUAACGAAUCAAGUAUCUUUAUAAUGGGAGCGUUUAACGACUGGCGAUAUAAAUCUUUCACUAUGAAAUUAAAAAAAACGAAUCUGAGCGGCGACUGGUGGUCAUGCAGGAUGCAUGUCCCAAAGGAAGCAUACAAAAUAGAUUUCGUGUUUUUUAAUGGACAAGAUGUUUAUGAAAACAAUGAAAUGAAAGAUUUUUGUAUAAACGUGGAGGGCGGAAUGGACAUUUUCGAAUUCGAAGAGCUUUUGCUCGAGGAAAAGAGAAGAGAGCUUGAAAGACUUGCAAAAGAGGAAGCAGAGAGAGAACGGGAAUUGGAAGAAAAGAGAAAAAUCGAAGCUGAGAAGGCGGCAAGUGAAGAAGAUAGAGAGCGGGCCCACAUGGAAGCCGAGAGGAGAAGGGGAAUAAUUCAACAAGUUUUGGAAAAAGCGGUUAAGUUUGUUGAUGGUGUAUGGUAUAUAGAACCGAGUGAGUAUAAAGGAGGGGAUACAGUUAGGUUAUAUUAUAACAAAAGUGUGGGCCCACUUGCAAAUGUUAAAGAUUUGUGGAUUCAUGGAGGUUAUAAUAAUUGGAAAGAUGGAUUGUCCAUUGUUGAGAAGCUUCACAAGUUUGUUGGAAAAGAUGGUGAUUGGUGGUAUGCAAAUGUUGUGGUCCCCACUCGUUCACUUGUAUUGGAUUGGGUUUUUGCUGAUGGUCCACCUCAGCAUGCAACAGUUUAUGAUAACAAUGAACGCAAAGAUUUCCAUGCUAUUGUCCCCAUAUCCAUUCCUCAAGAUCUCUUUUGGGCUGAAGAAGAACACGAGAUUUACAAGAAACUUCAGACUGAAAGAAAGCUAAAAGAAGAAGAAAUCCGUAUCAAGGCUGAGAAAACAGCACGAAUGAGAGCCGAAACAAAAGAAAGAACAAUGAAAACGUUUUUGUUGUCACAAAAGAAUAUAGUUUACACAGACCCUCUUGAUGUCCAAGCAGGAAGCCAAGUGUCAGUUUUCUAUAAUCCCAAAAAUACCCUUCUAAAUGGAAAGCCUGAAGUAUGGUUUAGAUGCUCUUUUAACCGUUGGACACAUCGCAUUGGUCUUUUUCCACCUCAAAAAAUGUUGCCUGCAGAUAACGGGAUGCAUGUCAAAACCUCUGUUAAGGUCCCACUAGAUGCAUAUUUGAUGGAUUUUGUGUUCUCUGAGAAAGAAAGUGAUGAUGGUGUUUUUGACAAUAAUCAUGGUAUGGAUUACCAUAUACCUGUGUCUGGAGGAGUUACAAAGGAACCCCCUAUGCAUAUUGUUCAUAUUUCUGUUGAAAUGGCUCCCAUUGCAAAGGUUGGAGGGCUUGGUGAUGUUGUGACUAGUCUUUCUCGUGCUGUUCAAGAUUUAAACCACAAUGUGGAUAUUAUUCUUCCAAAGUAUGAUUGCUUGAAUCUUAGCAAUGUGAAGGACUUUGGUUUCCAUAUGAGCUACUCAUGGGGUGGGACCGAAAUUAAAAUUUGGUUUGGGAAAGUUGAAGGACUUUCUGUUUACUUUCUUGAGCCUCAAAACGGACACUUUUGGAAAGGAUGCAUUUAUGGUUGCAAUAAUGAUGGGGAAAGAUUUGGUUUUUUUUGUCAUGCUGCUCUUGAAUUCCUUCUUCAAAGUGGAUCUCAUCCUGAUGUUAUUCAUUGUCAUGAUUGGUCUAGUGCACCAGUUGCAUGGUUGUUUAAGGAUGCAUACAUGCAUUAUGGUUUGAGUAAAGCAAGAAUUGUCUUCACAAUCCAUAACCUUGAAUUUGGGGCUCCUUUGAUUGGGAAAGCCAUGGCGUAUGCUGACAAGGCUACAACGGUGUCUCCAACUUAUUCACGGGAGGUUGCUGGAAAUCCCGUGAUUGCCCCUCAUUUGCACAAGUUUCAUGGGAUACUUAAUGGCAUUGACCCGGAUAUGUGGGACCCAUUUAACGACAAGUUCCUUCCUGUAUCUUACACUUGGGAAAAUGUGGUGGAAGGAAAAAAGGCUGCAAAGGAAGCCUUGCAACAAAAGUUGGGUUUAAAACGAGGGGAUGUACCCUUGAUUGGAAUCAUCACCCGGUUGACUCACCAAAAAGGAAUCCACCUCAUCAAACAUGCCAUCUGGCGGGCCCUUGACCGGGGGAGCCAGGUGGUGUUGCUAGGGUCAGCCCCGGAUCCUCGCAUCCAAAAUGAUUUUGUAAAUUUGGCAAGUCAACUGCAUUCUACACAUAAUCAACAUGCACGCCUAUGUUUGACCUAUGAUGAGCCUCUUUCUCACUUGAUAUAUGCUGCUGCAGAUUUCAUUUUGGUCCCUUCCAUAUUUGAGCCAUGUGGCCUAACUCAACUCACUGCAAUGAGAUAUGGUUCAAUUCCUAUUGUGAGGAAAACUGGAGGACUUUAUGAUACUGUAUUUGACGUUGAACAUGAUAAAGAGAGAGCACAAUCACAAGGUCUCUCACCAAACGGAUUCAAUUUUGAAGGAGCGGAUGCUGCUGGUGUCGAUUAUGCUGUCAACAGAGCGAUUUCUGCAUGGUAUGAAAGUCGGGAUUGGUUCAAUUCGUUAUGCAAAGCGGUGAUGGAGCAAGAUUGGUCAUGGAAUCGACCCGCUCUCGACUACUUGGAGCUCUACCACGCGGCUCGAAAGUAAAACUUGAUAGGAAGAAAUCAGGAAGUUUUUUUUUUUUUUUUUCUUUUUUUUAGAAUAAAUAAUAGCCAUAGAAGAAUUUUGUACAUGUCUACAUGAUCUUUUUUUUUUUUUUUUUUUAUUAGUGUGGGUAAUAAAUGGAAACAUGUUUCUUUUUUACUUAAUGAACUUAAGGAAGGUGAAACUUAGGGGUUGUUUGCUAAAAC